GUCAGGCAGCAGAUAGGGUAGAGGAAAGGGGCUAGAAUAUGUGCACGCAGCUGACUCAGGCAGGCUCAACGCCGACCGGUUACACAGAGAGGAAACAAUAAAUCUCAGCUACUAUGCAAUAAAUAUCUCAAGUUUUAACUAAGGAAACUAUCAUUACAGUGAAAUAAAAAAAAUACAACAUUUUAGAGCGAAGCUAAGAAAUGACUAGUUUUCUAUGAAUCUUCUUCAGAAACAUUCUUUGAGGGGAAAAGUCAAACAAACAAGCAGUUUUACCUGAAAUAAAGAACUAGUUUAAAGGUCAGACGAAAAGGAGCAAGUUUUAAGAGAGGCUCAGAAAGAAAGUGCUGGCAGUACAAUGACAGUGUUCCUUUCCUUUGCUUUCUUCGCUGCCAUUCUGACUCACAUAGGGUGCAGCAACCAGCGCCGAAGUCCAGAAAACGGUGGGAGAAGAUAUAACCGGAUUCAACAUGGGCAGUGUGCCUACACUUUCAUUCUUCCAGAACACGACGGGAACUGUCGUGAGAGCGCGACAGACCAGUACAACACAAACGCUCUGCAGAGAGAUGCUCCGCACGUGGAACAGGAUUUCUCUUCCCAGAAACUUCAACAUCUGGAGCAUGUGAUGGAAAAUUAUACUCAGUGGCUGCAAAAAAUUGAGAAUUACAUUGUGGAAAAUAUGAAGUCGGAGAUGGCGCAAAUACAGCAGAAUGCAGUUCAGAACCACACGGCCACCAUGCUGGAGAUAGGAACAAGCCUUCUCUCUCAGACCGCAGAGCAGACCAGAAAGCUGACAGAUGUUGAGACCCAGGUAUUAAAUCAGACUUCUCGACUUGAAAUACAGCUGCUGGAGAAUUCAUUAUCAACUUACAAGCUGGAGAAGCAGCUUCUUCAACAGACAAAUGAAAUCCUGAAGAUUCAUGAGAAAAACAGUUUAUUAGAACAUAAAAUCUUAGAAAUGGAGGGAAAGCACAAGGAAGAGUUGGACACCUUAAAAGAAGAGAAAGAGAAUCUUCAAGGCUUGGUUACACGUCAAACAUAUAUAAUUCAGGAACUGGAGAAACAACUGACCAGAGCCACCACCAACAACAGUGUCCUUCAGAAGCAGCAGUUGGAGCUGAUGGACACAGUGCAUAACCUCAUCAACCUUUGCACUAAAGAAGGUGUUUUACUAAAGGGAGGAAAAAAAGAGGAAGAGAAACCAUUUAGAGACUGUGCAGAUGUAUAUCAAGCUGGUUUUAAUAAAAGUGGAAUCUACACUAUUUAUAUUAAUAAUAUGCCAGAACCCAAAAAGGUAUUUUGCAAUAUGGAUCUUAAUGGGGGAGGGUGGACCGUCAUACAACAUCGUGAAGAUGGAAGUCUGGACUUCCAAAGAGGUUGGAAAGAAUAUAAAAUGGGUUUUGGAAAUCCCUCAGGUGAAUAUUGGCUGGGGAAUGAAUUUAUUUUUGCCAUUACCAGUCAGAGACAGUACACAUUAAGAAUUGAGUUAAUGGACUGGGAAGGGAACCGAGCAUAUUCACAAUAUGACAGAUUCCACAUAGGAAAUGAGAAGCAAAACUACAGGUUAUAUUUAAAGGGUCACACUGGGACAGCAGGAAAACAGAGCAGCCUGAUCUUACAUGGCGCUGAUUUCAGCACUAAAGAUGCAGAUAAUGACAACUGUAUGUGCAAAUGUGCCCUCAUGCUAACAGGAGGUUGGUGGUUUGAUGCUUGUGGCCCAUCCAAUCUGAAUGGAAUGUUCUAUACAGCGGGACAAAACCAUGGAAAACUGAAUGGGAUAAAGUGGCAUUACUUCAAAGGACCCAGUUACUCCUUACGUUCCACAACCAUGAUGAUCCGACCUUUAGACUUUUGAAGGAGUAAUAUCAGAAGGAAUUAGAAAAGUAACAGGAAAUCUCGAGAAACUACCAUAUAAGAAACUCUUUGGAAACUUUUGAAGCAAAAAUGUCAUCUCCCUUCCAGAAAGAAGAGGCAGUUAUGUGAAGUCACCAAUGUUCUUGACUUGAUUUGUAGCCUUUUGGGUUUACUAAAGUCUCUACUUGGGGUUGCCGUGUUCAUACAGCGUAACUAGAGAAAAUGUCACUCACUGCCAUGCUUUAAAAAGGGAAGAAACUGCUUGCUCACUGGGUUUCAAACUACUGGAUCUUGUUUUGGAGCUGUGUAGUGAGAUGAUAUGGUUAUUUCAUGUAAAACUGAAAAUGAAGAAGAAAAUGAAGAGAAAAAAAACAACUUGAGUAAUAGAAGCCAACCUACCAUAAUCCUUUGAAAAAGGUGCAUUACACCCAUGAAAUGGUGUCUUUUAUGCAAACCUACUAUCAAUAACUCUUUCCUAUUGCACAAUUUUAACGAAAGUUGAGGAAGAACAGCAUUGCCCUCUGAGUUGGUCAAAUGUUAAUGGAUUUUAGAAGCCCAAUUUUUAAAUCAUUACUUACAAGUUGAGUUCAGUUAACCCAUCUUCAACUUUAAAUUUUUGUUAAGUCAUUGUUACAGUGUAUGAAGAAUAAUGGUGUUAGGUAGAAACAUGCUCCAUUGUUCCAAUUAAGUAAGGACAUAAUCAAGUAAGGAAAUAUGAGGUGAAAAAUUACCCUUCACCCUUAUGAUAGUUUUCACUUACUUUAAAAAUCGACUGAUAUAUAAAUAUAUUUAUAGCCUGGGUAAAGUUUAAAGAAUGUGAAAUACAUCAUCAGUUUCUUAAAGUAACACACAUUCAUUUAAUAUUUCCUUUACUAUUUUACAUGAAAGCAGUAUUUUAGAAUGUAUUAGAUGGAAGUAAAACCAACUAAACUGGAGCAGUUUAACUUACAAUAUUGUCUUGCAUGUGUGCAUUUAAAUAUAACUUCCUUAUUUUUUAAAUGUUUUUAUAUCUCCCAUUCUUCACCCUAUUACUUCAUACUAAAUUUAAUUUUUGAUAAUUAACUAAAACAUGCUUUUCAGAGUCACCCUGUUCCAGUUUCUAUAACAAAUAUAUUUUGAAAUCUAUGGCAAAUAACAGAAGAAUUAUAAGUGUCUUUGUACAUAGCAUGUUCUUAUCUACCAUGCACCUAGUAGCUGUUUCAUCUUCAAUAUACAACAUUGUUCUUAAUUGAUGCAAUUAGGCACAAGUUUUCAGAGAAAUCUACUUUAUGAAAUACAUCACUUCUUUGUAUUUUUUUCCUCAGGCUCUGUUUUCAAAAACAAUUCAUGAGUCUUAGAAAUUAUUGUUACUGAAGAAAAUUAGCAUAAGGGAAACACACACAAAAAAUUUCCUCACAGUCACCUGACUAAAACAUAUCUGACAGAGAGCUGCUAUUAAGCACUUCGUGGAAAUACUCCUAUGGGAUAAUCUAUUUUAGUCCAACUUUUGGACACAGACUUUUGUGGCAAUUUGAAAUUUCUACAAUUUUAUUUUCAGUUGUCAAAAUCUCUGCCUGUUAGUGUUCAAGAUUAUGGUUGUGAAGAGUUUUGUUUGUUUUUAACCAAAUCAGAAGUUAGUAGAAGUAUUUAAGUAUACAUUGGGUCUCCUUAGAAAAAUGAAAGUUUUCCUCAAGUCAGUAAUACCAGUUUCAGACCUGAUAACUUGAUCUAUUGUGUCUUUGUGACUUGCCUCCAAUUUAAACAACAAAGCUACACAUUUUGAAGAAAAUGAUUAAGGUUUACCUUCAAUUCUUUAUAUUUAUAAUCUGUAUACACCUCUAUUUUACCUUACAUGUGAUUUUGCAGGUAUUCCACAUUUUUCUAUUCUUGAUCACCCCUUCCUAGCACUAUUUAGUCUCUCCCUCUUAAAACUUCCUUGAUUGUUUCGUUCCAGUAAAUGAAAGUGAGUGCUUUUGUGUGUGUGUGUUCUUACAGAUUUUUAAAAUCAGUAUUUUGAUAAGUAAUACUAUUUCCAAACUCUUACUACAAAAAGAAAAUGAAAUAAUAAGGAAACAAGAAAAUAUGAUAUUUACUGUUUUACUAUCUGGGCUUGAAAAUGAAAUAUUUCCAGUUAUUUAUAAUGAAGCAGUAUAAGAUGUUUUAUGACUCCAUUAUGUGCAUUGAGUAAUGCCUACAUAUUUAUAGCCAUUUAAC